AUGGCCGACAUUAAAAGACUCACUGAGACAGAGAUCAACGACCUCAUCGACAAUGCUGUCGACCAAUUCAAUGAUGGCAAGGACGCUGAGUGCGUAGCUGCUGUGCGCGCAGUACUCCAGCAUAGGGUGUCAAGAUGGCAGGAAAUUUACUGCCUCGCCCUGCUUGCUGAUUGUCUAGAGGACUGGUAUAAAGCCGAGGAGCAGCGCUACAUGGCCGAGACCAUGUACGACAAUGCACGUUUCUUGUGGCCGCUAGGAAAAGAUGCCGCUGUCGAUGAACGACUGAAGGAUCUACGAGAACAACUGGACGAGACAAGAGAGAAUUAA